CCAUUUAGGGUCUUAUGUGUAAAUGCAGUGUCAAGCUUGAUGCAUGAUUGGAGAAUCAAAGGUUCCACCUGCACAACGUGAUGCACCUUUUGCGCUCCAGUUGUCUAAAACUAGGAUGUCAUCAAUAAAAAGCCAAUGACCACCAGUUACAACGGCAAAAAUCUGAUCGGGCUGAACCUUUCUAAAGCCAACAUGCCAACUAAGCCAAUCACAAACCACCUGUUUCCUAUAAGAGUUGGUCGCCUCCGACAGUUCACACGAGAAACUGAAGAUCUUCAAGGAUGAGGCCACCUUGUAUGUUUCUUAUGCUGCUGAUUGGAAUAUGUCAUCUCCCCGCUGUUGUCAGGACGUUGAGUAUAAUCCAGCACAGUGGGAUUAUAACAUCUGACGUUGGUCAGAAUGUGACUUUACGAUGCUCUUCUGAAAAUGAUGGAAUCAUUUAUGUUUCCUGGUACCAGCAAAGCUUGGGAGGCAAACUGAAUAUCAUUUCAACACGUAUGAAGCACAGUGCACAAGCCAAUAUAUAUCCUGCCUAUAAAGAGAGGUUUCAAGUCCUGGCAGGAGUACAAGACAACACCAACGACCUCAUCAUCAGAGAUGUUCGUCUGUCAGAUUCAGCAACUUAUUACUGUGUGAUGUUAGAAUUUACUGCCAUUGAAUUUGGAAAAGGAGUUUUCCUUCAUGUCAAAACAUCACUGUCCAAGACCCAGACAGUUGUUCAGCAGCCAGCAGUGGUGGCACAUCGGAUAGGAGAAGCCGUGAGAUUGAACUGUUCGGUACAUACUGAACAAUGUGAGGGAGAUGAGGGUCUCUACUGGUUCAGAUACGGUGGCUCUCAGCCUGCAAUCAUGCAUCCUAGUGAAGAACGGUGCACAAGCCUCAAAGAGGAACAGCCUCAACGCAAAACCUGCAGUGCAACCCUGGCUAUAAAGUCGGUGAGUUCCACGGACUCUGGGACGUACUACUGCGCUCUGGCUUCCUGUGGGGAGAUUGUGUUUGGACCUGGGACGAGGCUGGAGAUCGUAGGUGGUUCAACCAGACUCUCAGUGAUUUAUGGUCUGAGUGCAGCAUUGGCAGUUUCCAUCAUCGUGCUUCUCUCGUUGAUGUUCGUUGUGCACAAGCUGAGGAGAAAGUUGUGCUCUGUCUGCAAAGGGUCUGGUUCAAAAGUGAGAUCUGUUGCAGCCUCUGAUGCUUUGAUCCAAGAUGCAGAUGCUGUCCAUUAUGCUGCUCUAGAACUGGACAGGAACAAUGAGCAACGUCGCCCUGACAACAACCUGGUCAAUGCUUGUGUUUACUCCAGAGUAAACAGCAGAAAGAGUCAAGUAGGACACACUGGACCACUGGAGUCAGUGUUUCAGGAAAGCAAGUGACAUCACCAAUAGGAGCUUUGUUUUGGGUUGUGUUCUUUUUGUCUCGAUCUGGCGUCAUGUGACUUUCUGUUUUGAUUCCUGUGGGUAAUUUGUAUAAUCUGUUUCACCCAUUUACCAAGUUUUUAACUUCCUAGCUUGAGUUCAGUCUUUGUUAGUUCAUCAUAGUUGUCACAGCUUGUAGAUGUCAUGGUCCUGUCUAGUAAAGGCUUGUGCUGUCCUGUGUUUUGUUUAUUUUCACGUGUUUAGUUUAUUGUGAAAACUGUACUCUUCUAUGUUUACCUGCAUAGUAGUGAUUUUGAAUUCAUGUUCAUAUUUCUAGUUUAGCCUCUAGUCUAGUCUAGUCUAGUCACGUGUUCAGUGUUGUUUCCAUAUUAAAUAUUCAGUGUGGUGAUUGUGCAUUUGGCUCCUCCUCUCUGGUCUAGUUUUGGUUCUCUGGCGCAAGCUCUAAGUUGAGCCGACCCAGUAAACUGAGUAGUUUAGGCACUAGCAGCCCCCCUGGAAAGUGCAGCCACUAUUACCCGUCCCCCCGUAUGAGCUGUAAGCGAGUGCCCCGAGUUCAUGUGUGUGUGCAUGUGAGCGUGCUUGUGACAAAUACAGCCAGGACUGAAGCCAUUA